AUGGAUCUCUCGGGAAAUUUCCUAAAACAUAAACAGCAAAGUAAAAAAGAAAAAAACAAAACAAAAAAACCAAAAGCAUUAUCACCAAGUAUACAACUAUUAUCACUAACCAUCAUCGAUAAACUAUUCACAGACAGAAUGGUUAAAGUUAAGGAUACCACAUAUUAUGAUCUUUUAGAAGUAGAAGUAGAUGCUACUGAUGUUGAAUUGAAAAAAGCUUAUAGAAAAAAAGCUAUUAAAUUACAUCCAGAUAAAAAUCCAAAUGAUCCAACAGCAUCUGAAAAAUUUCAAGAAUUGGGUGAAGCUUAUAGAAUUUUAUCAGAUCCUGAUAGUAGAGCAAUCUAUGAUGAAUUUGGUAUUGAAGGAAUGAAAGAAAAUUCAAAUUUACAACAACAAGAAAUGGAUCCAAAUGAAUUUUUCACUAUGGUAUUUGGUGGAGAUGCAUUUAAAGAUUGGAUUGGUGAAUUAAGUAUGUUGAAUGAUAUUACUAAAGCUGCGGAAGUUAUGGAUCACGAUGAAGAUAGUGAAUUGAGCGAAUCUACUCAAUCUAUGCAUCUUUCUGAAACUAGUUCAGUUAAUAAGCCUAACCAAGAUGCUGGACAUGGAUUAACUUCUGAAGAAAUUAAAAAGAAGAAGAAACAAAAAAUGACCAAAGAAAAGAGGGAAGAAAUUUUCAAAUUACAAGAAGAAGCAAGACAAGUUAAAUUGAAAAGAGUUCAAGAUUUGGCUAAAGAUUUGUUAAUUAGAAUUGAAAAUUAUGAAACUGCAAAACACAACAAAGAAGCAUUGGAUACAUUUGUUAGAAAAUUAAAUACUGAAUUUGAAGAUAUGAAAAUUGAAAGUUUUGGUAUUCAAAUGUUACAUUUAAUUGGUAAGAUUUAUACCGAACAAGCUCAUGCAGCAAUUUCCGCUUCUAAAACAUUUGGUGUCUCUAAAAUUUUCACUAGUGUUAAACAUAAAACUGAUUCAGUUAAAAAUGGAUAUUCAAUUAUUAAGACAGCAGUUGAUGCACAAUUAUCAAUUGAACAAAUGGUCAAAGAACAUGAAAAAUUCUUAUCAUUGCAAGCAGCUGGUAUUCAACCAACUCCUGAACAAAUUGCUGCUGAAGCAGAAAGAGAAAGAAUCAUUACCGGUAAAUUUUUGGCUACUGCUUGGGCAUCCACCAAAUUUGAAGUUGUUGAUGUCUUAACUAAAGUUUGUCAUACUAUUUUACGUGAUAGAAACAUUUCAAGAAAAGAAAGAUUAUCCAGAGCCGAAGGUUUAUUAUUUAUUGGUAAGGAAAUGUCCAGAGUUCAAAGAUCUCCUGAAGAAGAAGAAGAAGCUAGAAUUUUUGAAGAAUUGAUGGCUGAAGCAAAGGCAAAGAAAUCUUCAAGACAUAGAAAACAUAUGAACAAUAAAGAAAUGGAAGAAUACAUGCAAAAAUUAGCUGCUGAACAUGCACAAGAGGAAGAAGAAGAAGCAGCAUCUGCCGGACAUCAUUAG